GGCUGCUGAGCCCAGUGGCUGAGGGAAAAGGCAAGGAGAUCCCUAGAAAGCAUGAGGGAACUUAGCAGAAUCUUGGCUGCUUGCUUUUCUGAGUACAUAGCCCUCGGUCUGUCUCUGCGAAGCAACCCCUCCUCCCCCUGCUGCUCAGGAUCAUUUGCUUGAAGCUAGGAACACAGCACACAGCCGAGUUCAGAAGUUUGGGAAUGGCUCUGGGAAGAUUGCGAGGCUGGAGGGUGGAAGCCUUCAUGAAACAGGAGCCUGCCACCUAUUCUGGGGGGCUCUCGUAUUCUGAAUCCUCCUGCUCUGCCCAGGGGAAAGCAAGCACAACAGAGAGACUGGCACCCUUUGGAUUCUACGGCUUUUAGCAGAGCCUGGUGGAGGUACCUGGAUCCUCAGAGAAAAGUUCUUCGGGAAGGUCCUGGGAACCACAAGACACUCUUCGAAGUGGGGAGAAGAAGGGGCAGUCUCUCACCCUCCUUUGCCUUUGGGACUGGCUUUUGGGGGAAAAGGAGUUGCCCAGCCAGAUCAUGAGACUCUCUUUACACUUCCCAGGAAGACUCCGUAAGUUAGGACACUGCUCCAUCUGGAUCUAGCAAACAGAGCGUGAAAGAGUCCCCAGCACGCGCUGUCGGUUCUGUAGGCACUAGAAAUGGAGAAUGAGGUUGGGAAAUCUGUGGACAAUCAAAUGGAUAAAUACAUAGUUACAAUAAUGGGGAAAUCAGAAAGUCAAAUGGAUAUUGUAGAAAAAUCAACGAAAUCUGGGAAAAAAUCCCGGAGCUUUGUGGCCAUCGGUCUGUCUGUUCUGCUGCUUCUCAUGACUUGUGCUGUGGUCGCCCUGGUGAUCCUGUAUGCCAGCAGCAGAGAUGCAAACUAUGGUACCAAUUCAGGCAACGUAUGCACCACACCUGGAUGUGUUACAGCAGCUGCUAGGAUAAUUCAGAACAUGGACCCAACCACUGAGCCUUGCAACAACUUCUACCAGUAUGCCUGUGGGGGCUGGCUAAACCGGCACGUCAUCCCAGAAACCAGCUCAAGAUACAGCAUUUUUGACAUCCUGAGAGAUGAACUGGAGAUCAUCCUGAAAGGUGUGCUGGAGACUCCAGAGCAGGAUGAUCGAGAGGCCUUUCAGAAAGCAAAGACACUUUACAAAUCCUGCAUGAAUGAGAGCCUCAUAGAGCAGCGAGACUCAUUGCCCUUGUUAGAGGUCCUAGCUAUGGUUGGAGACUGGCCAGUGGCUUCUGCAGAUUGGAAUAUCACCCAUGAGGCAAACUGGAGUGUGGAAGAAAAACUCUCCAUCAUGAACUCCAGAUAUAACAAACGAGUCAUCAUUGAUAUGUUUGUUUGGAACGACGACCGGGAUUCCAGCCGGCAUAUCAUUUAUAUCGACCAGCCCAGUUUGGGAAUGCCAUCGCGAGAUUACUACUUCAAUGGUGGCAACUACCAAAGAGUACGGGAAGCCUACCUGCAAUUCAUGAUCACCAUUGCCAAAAUGAUCAGAGGCGAUAAGAACUUGUCUAAAGACGACAGCUUUGUCCAAGAGGAAAUGGCAAAGGUGAUGGAGUUUGAAACAGAGAUCGCGAAUGCAACUGCUCCUGCAGAAGAAAGGCAUGAUGUGACCCUGUUGUACAACAAAAUGACCCUAAAGCAGCUACAGGAAAAGUUUGCCUUGAAGGACUUUAACUGGGCCCUCUUCAUCCAAGGUGUCAUGUCUUCAGUAAAUGUUCAGGUCCACCCCAAGGAGGAGGUGGUUGUAUAUGGAAUGCCCUAUCUGCAGGAGCUCAAAGCAAUUAUCUCCAAGUACUCAGCAAGAACCAUCCAGAACUACCUGGUUUGGCGACUGGUGAUUGACCGGGUCAGCAGCCUGAGUCGGCGUUUUAAGGAUGCUCGUGCCAACUAUAGAAAGGCACUUUAUGGGACAACAUUGGAAGAGGCCCGUUGGCGAGAAUGUGUGAGUUAUGUCAACAGUAACAUGGAGAACGCAGUGGGAGCUCUGUAUGUCAGGGAAACAUUUGCUGGUGAGAGCAAGAGGAUGGUCCGAGAUUUAAUAGACAAAAUCCGUGAAGUGUUCAUUGAGACGUUAGAUGAAUUGCAGUGGAUGGAUGAGACGUCUAAAGAGAAAGCUCGUGAGAAGGCAAUGGCCAUUAAAGAACAAAUUGGUUAUCCAGAUUAUAUUUUAGAAGAUCACAAUGAAAAACUGGAUCAGGAAUAUACAAAUUUAAACUUCAGCGAGUACAAAUACUUUGAAAACAUCCUGGAAAACCUGAGAGCUGGAGCGCAGAAGAGCCUGAAAAAGCUUCGAGAGAAAGUUGACCAAGAUAUAUGGAUCAUCGGUGCUGCUGUGGUCAACGCAUUCUACUCCCCCAACCGAAACCAAAUAGUCUUUCCAGCUGGGAUUCUGCAGCCUCCCUUCUUUAGUAAACACCAGCCACAAGCAUUAAACUUUGGAGGGAUUGGGAUGGUAAUUGGGCAUGAAAUUACUCACGGUUUCGAUGACAAUGGCAGGAACUUUGACAAAGAUGGAAAUAUGUUUGACUGGUGGAGCAAUUUCUCAGCCAUGCAUUUUAAGGAGCAAUCUCGCUGUAUGGUCUACCAGUAUGGAAAUUACACGUGGGAGCUGGCUGGAGGACAGAAUGUCAGUGGGAUAAGCACACUAGGAGAAAACAUUGCAGAUAAUGGAGGAGUUCGACAGGCUUACAAGGCCUAUUUAAAAUGGUUGGAGCGAGAAGGGAAGGAGCCAAAAUUGCCUGGGCUUAAUCUGACUCAUAAACAGCUUUUCUUUGUGAACUUCGCCCAGGUAUGGUGUGGUUCCUACAGGCCAGAAUAUGCUAGCCAGUCCAUUAAGACAGAUGUCCACAGCCCUUUGAAAUACAGGGUGAUGGGAUCUUUGCAAAACUUUGAAGCCUUCUCUGAGGCAUUCCACUGUAAAAAGGGCACCACCAUGCACCCUGCUGAGAAAUGCAGAGUCUGGUAGCCAAAGAGAACAUUUGUGCUGAAGAUAACGCUUAGACGCACAGUCUACAACAGAAAACAAAAUUCAACUGGUCUGGCUACAUACUGAACAGUUCUCGCCAAUGAUGUGCCUGAUGUUUUCCUGUUCAGUCACAGCCAAGGUUAAUGGUGCAGCUACUGUGGUCAGAAUUUUAAAAAGCCCACGGCUGUCAGGCUUUCGUGGUUCGGCUGGAAUGCAUGCAGGCUUCUCAGCAUUGACAGCUGGGCUGCAUUGAGAGUGACAGUACACUCCAGGAGAGAAAUGACUGUUUCCAAUGACAUCCUGACUGUUAUUAAGAUACCACAUCAGGGUUACAAAGACUAGCUAUUUAAAAAAAAAAAAAAAAAGAUCUAUUUUUCAGCAAGGAGUAUUCAUUUUAGUAUGUCCUACACUCAAAUUAGCCUUGGGAGGUUCGGUAAGCCUGUCUGAGGCUGUUCACUGAGCUCGCUAUUUUCCAAUAUUCUGAUUCAGUUUCUGGUGCACUUCUCCAAAAUUCAGGGUAGAGAUAGUUCAACUUACUUGCUGUCUGUGUAACACUGUCCAUUUGCACCUUGACGACUGCUUUGUUGUAAGAGGUUGUAAUUUGUCUUGAUAUUUUACAAGGUGAUCUGUAUGUUAAAAUGCUUACCAGCUGCUGACAUAUAAGCCACGCUGAACCCCUUGUUUUGCACUUGAGUUAUUUUGCUCAAAUGAGCAAGUUUAACAUUAUCUUAACAAAGUGAUAUAGAGGUUGCUAGAAAAAAAUCACAAUUAAAAGUCUAAAGUCUAUUGCCAUAUUCAGACUACCGUGGGUACCUCCAUUCAGAAAUAUAUUUAAGAGGAGACAUAUUCUUGCAUUAAGAGUAUAUAUUUAGGAAAUUUUAGCAGAACAGACUUGUUGCUUAAUGUAAACAGCAAAACACUUACCCAAGAACAAAAUUAAUUCCGUGCCUUUUAAUUUUGCCAUAAGCUACUUUUAAAUAUUUACACUUUGAAAAUGUACAUCUUGUUAAUUUUUUUAUAAAUAAAUAAAUAAAUCACACUGCAGCCAAUUACUCAGGCAUUUAUCUAUAGAAGCAAUUUCAGAUUGCUUUCUUUAAUGAAUGUUCUAAUUUAAGGGUAACAGGUAUCUGGAGUUUUUUGAUCCUUUAUGUAGGAUGCAAGCAUUCUUUUCCAAAAAUAUUUAUUUUUGGCAUAUAUACCACUGGAAAGCAAGUUCUUAAUUCUUUUUAAUAGCAUUUGGUAAUGCUUAGCUUAUCAGAUAUCAAAGCAAACUGUUGAUUCCUUUACACUCUACUUAACACAUAACGAAAAAAGCUUUGAUUAACUAAAUUCUAAUUUUAUGUGACUGUUACAUGUCCAAUGUCAGUAUUGUUAAAGUUUCUAUUUUUCAUGUUAAAGUGUCCAUGUAGUAAGCAAGCUUUAUUAGCCGAAUAAACUGCCAUAAUCUCUCAAAA